AUGAUAUACUCCACAGUUCUGUCUGUCCCAGCAUCAUUGCAGGCUUUUGUCACUGGUGUUGGAUUACACUACCUCGUAUUUCGUCACGGAGAAUGGGACCUUGAGACGCCCUCAGUUCUUCGCUGUUUUAUGGUGGCAGAAGUUUUGUUACUGCUUCAGAUGGUCAUUCAGUCUAAGUUAGACGAUCAUGUUGAUUCAUUUUCUGCUACCAUAAUCAUACAAGUAACUUGCGGUUUGCUUGCUGGAUUAUGGUUUAGUCUUCUCACUUACAGAGGAGUUUUUCAUCGACUUCGAGCAUUUCCGGGGCCAUUUUGCGCCAGAUUCUCGACGCUUUACCAGACAUACUUGAUGGCAAAUCAUCCCGACAGCUUUAACGUCGUGCAGGGCAUGCAUAAGAGAUACGGCGAUUAUGUUCGACUAGGGCCGUGCGAGAUAUCAAUUAAUCACCCCGACGCAGUCGGUGCAAUUUACUCCGCUAAGUCGCAAUGCAUGAAGGCUCCAUGGUAUGGCAUAGGUCGCCCUUACGAGUCAUUAUUUGCAGUACGCGAAAAGGAGGAACAUGUGCGGCGUCGGCGGGUGUGGGAUAUGGCCAUGCAUCCGAGAUGUCUCGAGAAAUACGAAAUCAGAUUGCGCAAUUGUAUGGAUGCACUCUUACAGAACGUCAAAAUACAUGAGGGUAUGCCAGUAGAUGUCUCUCAGUGGUUCAGUUGCUUAGCAUUCGAUGUCGCCAGCGCCUUAGCUUUCGGAGACACUCCCCACACUUCUCGAGACGGAAAUGUUCAUUAUAUACUUAAGGCGCUCCACAGAAGCCGAAUGGGCGCGAUCUUGGGCAAUAUGGUUUGGUUGGUAUCGUGGAUGAAGACAAUUCCUGGCUUUGACUCGCAAGUAAAACUCUUCAUAAAGUAUUCGGAGGACGAAAUUAUUAAGGCCCGAAAGAAAGACCAAGAUGACAGUUUUGUAUUUUCUUGGCUGUGGAAAGAUUACCUGAAGGGUCCUCAAAGCAAGCAGGCCAGAAUGAACCUGACAUCUGAUGCAUCACUUAUUGUGUUCGCGGGCAGCGAUGCGAUUGCUAUCGUGUUGACCGGGCUCUUCUAUUUUCUCGCUAGUAUGCCGCAGCAACUGAGACGACUUCAAUUGGAAAUCGACGAACUCCAGAUGGGUCUGGAUGGGAAAAUAGACAGCGACACACUCGCAAAGCUUCCUCAUCUUAAUGGUCUUAUCAACGAAUGCCUGCGGCUUCAUUAUCCAGGACCCUCGGGAUUCCCGCGCAAAACACCUCCCCAGGGCGUCUAUAUAGGUGAGAAGUACAUACCAGGCGAUGUUCUAGUCAAGGUACCCUUUCAUACCUUGUUCCGAGACGAGCGCAAUUUCGAACGACCUGAAGAGUUCAUACCCGAAAGGUGGACCACCCAGAAAGAGCUCGUCCUCAAACCCAGUGUAUUCACGCCUUUUCUGUCGGGCACGUAUAGCUGUGUAGGUAAGCAAUUUGCGCUUAUUGAAUUAAGGCAUAUUCUUGUGGAGUUAGUGCGGAGAUAUGAAGUUCGCUUUGCUCCUGAGCAAAAUCCGGAUGAUUAUUGGUGUCAGCGGAAAGAUGGCUAUGCUAUGACCGUUGCACCAUUGUCACUUGUCUUUGAAACCAGGAGCCACGAGGCUGUUACUACUGAACAUUGA